CUGCCACGUCGGUCUCCGUGCAGCACUAGUCCUGUUGCUCCUCCAGCCCGGGGCUCAACUUUUAAACCCGUUCUAGUCCCGUUCCAGUCCCUCUAACCCGGGUCAGCACCGGCCCGCAGCACCGCCGGGGCCCGAAGCGGCUGGUGGCCGGGGACAGACGAGCUGUGAGGCGGGGACAUGGACUGACUGAUGCCUCCUCGUCCAGCUCGCUCCUCCGUGUGUUCCCCAUGUUGUUGGCCUGUCUGUACAUGGUGGCUGUUUGAGGGGAAGGGGAGGAGUCCCAGCGGCUGUUGGUUGGUGGGUGGCGUUCGCGGUUGCCACGGUAACUGGCGACCAUGCCAGGAGGUCGCAGGGGCCCCAGCAGACAGCAGCUGAGUCGCUCUGCUCUGCCGUCCCUGCAGACUCUCGUUGGAGGCAACCUGGGCAAUGGUACAGGCAACAGGAACAGGAACAAUAACUCGGUGGGUCUGUCGGCCCCGCCCCUCUCGGCUCUCAUCGCUCCAGAGCCGGUCCGCCACUCCCGGAUCCCCGAGCUGCCGUUGGACAGCGGCCUGCUGUUUGAGCUCCUGCUCUUUCUGUAUCUGCUGGUGGCCUUGUUUGUCCAGUACAUCAACAUCUACAGGACAGUGUGGUGGUACCCAUACAGCCACCCCGCUGCCUCGACCUCACUUAACUUUCAUCUGAUGGACUAUCACCUGGCGACCUUCAUCACAGUCAUGUUGGCCAGGAGGCUUGUUUGGACGAUAGUUUCUGAGGUGUCUCAGAGCAGCGGCGGGUCGCUGCUGCGCUAUGUGGUUCUUAUCGCAGCUCGGCUCUGCCUGCUGACCAUGUGCGGCUGGGUGCUCUGCUGGACGCUGGUCAACCUCUGCAAGAACCACUCAGUGCUCAACCUCCUCUUCCUGGGAUACCCAUUCGGUGUGUACGUCCCGCUCUGCUGUUUCCAUCAGGAGGGAGGGAAAAGCCAAACGGUUCCGACCGACUGCGAUUACCCAGCCGAUCACCAGACGACCGAAUUAGCAGAGGCCCCGUUCUUUCGACCACGUGACUUCCUCUUCCUGUUGCGAGAGAACCUCCGAGAGCAGUUUUCCAGCUCCCCCCACAUGCCCACUCAUACCUGCCCACCAACGCAGCCGCAGACAGCCGAGUUGAUUCGAACCGAGGUGGAGGAGCUGAAGAGCGACUUCAACCGGCGAAUCAAGGAGGUGCUCUUCAACUCGCUGUUCAGCGCCUACUAUGUCGCCUUCCUGCCUCUCUGCUUCGUCAAGAGCACCCAGUACUAUGACAUGCGUUGGUCAUGUGAGCACCUGAUCAUGGUGUGGAUCAAUGCGUUUGUGAUGCUGAUGAGUCAGCUGCUGCCCCCCAGCUACUGCGACCUGCUUCACCGGUCGGCAGCCCACCUGGGCCGUUGGCAGAAACUGGAGCACGGCUCGUACAGCAACGCACCUCAGCAUGUGUGGUCAGAAAGCACUAUUUGGCCUCAGGGGGUGUUGGUACGACACAGUCGAUCUCUGUAUAAGGCAAUUGGAGCCUAUAAUGUUGCUCUGCCCUCUGAUGUUUCCCAUGCAAGGUUUUAUUUUCUGUUUCACAAGCCAUUGCGGAUCCUCAACCUGCUGAUCUGGAUCGAGUCGACUGUGGUUUUGUAUCAGUUAUACUCUCUGCUGCGCUCUGAGCGCUGGAACCACACGUUGUCUCUGGGCCUUAUUCUCUUCUGCAACUACUAUGUCCUUUUUAAACUGCUCCGAGACCGCAUCGUGCUGGGCAAAGCCUACUCCUUCCCUCUGUCCUCCAACGCUUUGGGGCUCAAAUCCCCGUAAAGGCUCCGCAGAAUGAGACCUCACCUCCGUUCUCUGGAUUUGGAGGAGAAAGACUGGAGGAGGUCUGGUACAGCGGAAGACUGGAGGGUUGUUAUAGCACUCACGCUUGGAGGUUAAGGGACAGACUGUGAACUCAUAAUUGUGUUUUGAUACGGUUCUAUUUUUAAUGCAAUGUUUAUAUAUACCUAUUUAAAAGAAUAUUUUUAUUUUGUAUACUAUUUCGAGUUACGCCGGGCAUUACCACACUGACAACAUUAGCAUGUGGUGUUAGGUGACAGGGAAGUCGGGGAAUGCCAGGAGGUGACUUUCACCAAAGAUAUUUUAAGUGCAGGUGGCCAAUGAAAGAGACAACAUGGUCUCUGACAGUCAGUCGAACCAGAUGAGUGAUUCAGAGCAGUGGAAGGAGUCGUGCCUGAGAACCUGAAUCCUGAUUGGCCUAAAUUCUCCUCCGACUUUGAGGCUCCUACAUCUUAAAUCUGGAACCAGUUGCCGUCUAUGGAAGCAGGAUGAUCUGAUCAUUUCAGCACUGCUGCAGAAAUCAAUGCUGAUCCUUUAGGCAAUGCUUUUUAAGGAAUAUUUUGGCAAUGUGGAAAAUAAGCUUCUUUGCGAUCAGGCGAGGAAUGAGAAGAUUAAUGCGACUCAUGUCUGUCCAGGAAAUAUGAAGCUGGUUCUAGCUAAGCAUGAAGAGAGAAGGGAGAGACAGCUCUGCUCUGUCCAGUGGUUCUAACCUCUUCCUUCGGGCAGCUCAUAACAUUGAAUAUCUCCUUUGUUUAACUUCAACAAAAGCAAAUGUAUAAUAACAAUGUUCAGUUGUGUUGUAGGAUGUUAUCUGCUGGGGACAUGAGCUAAGCUCGCCCUGUCCUUCAGACAUGAGCUAUUGAUUUUCUCACGGGAUUUCCUGCCAGAAAGAGAAUAAGUGAAUUUUCCAACUUUGUCGGACUAAUCUACGAGCAGGGCCUCGGUGUGGAAGUCAGAUAAAACAUUGACUGACUUCAGAUCAGUCAGUAUGUAAAUCACACCUAAGGUAAACUCGUCCUCAUUCAACUUUUUUUUGGGGGGCCUUUUUAUCAGUAUCUGCUAGUUUCACCUCAUUGGCUGUGUGGGGGGGCAGGAGCAGCACCAAGCUUUGCAAACCUUCACUCUGCCUCUCCACACCUUGACAUGCUGAAGUCUUUUUUUUUUUGCUACGGUCUAGCAUCUGACACAUUUGUGCUCUUAAAAGCCAUCCAGACAAUCUGUUUUCUUGAAUUUUGGUGCCUGAGUUAUUCAACGUUAGUGUGGGUGAGGAUCAUGUGACAUCAGGUUCAUCCCUUUGCCAACUGGAUGCAGUUAACAGAAUGAUUGUGGUUAAUAAAUGUUUCUGUUGGUUCAGUCUUUUUCCCCACAGCGAAUAUGUCGACAGCAGUGGAUGUUUAACGGUGAUGUUUCUGGAGGAGGAUGAAUUUAAAAUCAUAGUUUGUGGAUGAUUGGAGGGAAGGGACUAUGUAGUUCACCUCAUUACCAGUUCAUGUAUUCUCGGUUACCGCAGCGGUGUUACAAACAGGUUGCCUUGCAUUUUUUUGCCUCUCUCUGAGGUCGCACUCUCCUCCACUCCUUCACCUGCUCUAAUCUCCAGGCAGUAUUGUUAGUCCCAGGGCCCAUUAGCUUCCCAUUAUUCAGAAAGAAAUCAAUACAAAUUGACCUGAGGCCUUUUCGUCAGCGUGCAAAGUCCGAGUGGGAAAUCUGAGAAUCAAUAUUUUACUGUUGCAGCUGUGGAUUUCACAUUGGCUGCUUCGGCUGAGUUUCAGGUUGAGUGUCAAUGAGGUGGAGGAAGCUACUUUGGAGAUUAACCAGCGUGUCCGUCUGGAUCACAGAAAAAGAAGUGUGAAGAAUUUAGGAUUGAACCCAAAUGUCAUGCACGUGCCUGUUCUGCUUCGUCUGCAACUCGGUCCCUUCACCGGCCUGUUGGUGCUUCUACUCGGUUUUGUGUAAUUUUCCACUUGAAUGUUCCCGAUUUUGCAGCUAAAUGGUGCGGUUCACUUUCUUUGUCAUUGGUGAGCACUGUCAUCGAAAUAUCAGUUUUGUAUGGGUAUAGUUUUAUGUUAUCCUAAACUUGCCCUUAUCCCAUUACAGAUAUUAGACAUUUUGAGGUUUGUUUAAAAUUAUGCUUCUUUUUCACAUCUUACUUGAAUGUUUUUUGCCCAAAUAACACAAACUGUCUGCUAAGUUUGGUGAAUCCCAUUAGAUCACAGCUGAAGUGAGCUUUCAAAAGAUAAUUAAUUCACCACCACCGGACCCACGGUGGCGAGAAUUGUACUCGAUGGUCCUCUGGCCUUCAGGAUGUUAGGAGAUAAAUGUAAAAUUGUCGCCGACGGUUUCGAUCUGUGUUCCCUUUGCUAUAAAAAAUGUUCAAACUGA